AUGGCGAGGGUUUUCGAUUCUGGUUCCGCGCUUCUCGCGUGGCUUCUUCUGGCAUCGCUGCUGGUGGCGAGUGUGACGGCGGAGCCGCCGGAGGAGGAGAGGCAAGCGCUCCUCUCUUUUCUCUCACGGGUCCCACACGAGAAUCGUCUCCAAUGGAACUCCAACAACAACAAUUCCUCCGUCUGCAGCUGGGUCGGAAUCGAGUGCGACGCGGACCAGUCCUCCGUCUACUCCCUCCGCCUCCCCGGCGCCGGCCUGGUGGGUCCCAUUCCGCCGCAAACCCUGGGCAGGCUCUCGCAGCUCAGAGUCCUCAGCCUCCGCUCCAACCGCCUCUCCGGCGAGAUCCCGUCCGAUUUCUCCAACCUCACUCUCCUCCGCAGCCUCUACCUUCAAAACAACGCCUUCUCCGGCGAUUUCCCCGCGGGAGUCACUCCGCUGGCCCGGCUCACCCGGCUCGACCUCUCGUCCAACAACUUCACCGGCCCGAUUCCGUUCGCCGUCAGCAAUUGGACCCGCCUAACCGGCCUGUUCCUCGAGAACAACGCAUUCUCCGGUCCUAUCCCUUCCAUCUCAUCCAAUUUGGUCGAUUUCAACGCCUCCAACAACAGACUCAACGGCUCAAUCCCUAGAAAUUUGCAGCGUUUCUCCGCCGCGGCAUUCGCCGGGAAUCUAGGUCUCUGCGGCGGGCCAUUACCUCCCUGCAGCCCCUUCUUCCCUUCCCCUACCCCAUCCCCUUCCACAAUUCAACCAAUCCACAAGAAAUCGAAAAAACUCUCCACCGCCGCCAUCGUCCUAAUCACCGUCGGCGCAGUCCUCGCCCUCCUAAUCCUCCUCCUUCUUCUCUUCUGCUGCCUCCGCAAGAAGCAGCGACAACAACAACAACAGUCCCCCAAACCGCCGAAGCCGGUCCCCGGAGCCGCCGCCCGGUCCGUCCCCGUCGACGCCGCCGGGACCUCCUCGUCCAAAGACGACAUCACCGGCGGGUCGGCCGACGCCGAGAGGAACAAGCUGGUGUUCUUCGACGGAGGAGUCUACAGCUUUGAUUUGGAAGAUCUGCUGAGGGCUUCGGCGGAGGUCCUCGGAAAAGGCAGCGUCGGCACCUCGUACAAGGCCGUGCUGGAAGACGGCACCACCGUCGUCGUCAAGCGGCUGAAAGACGUGGUGGUUACGAAGAAGGAAUUCGAGAUGCAAAUGGAGGUUCUGGGGAAAGUUAGGCACGACAAUGUGGUUCCGUUCAGGGCUUUCUACUUCUCCAGAGACGAGAAGCUGCUCGUCUCCGAGUACAUGGCCGCCGGCAGCUUGUCGGCGCUCCUCCACGGAAGCCGAGGCUCAGGCAGGACGCCACUGGACUGGAACAGCAGAAUGAGCAUAGCAUCAACCACAGCCAAAGGCCUCGCCCACCUCCACUCUGCAGGCAAACUACCCCACGGCAACAUCAAAUCCUCCAACAUCCUCCUCCAAGCUCACCACCACGAGGCCUCUGUCUCCGACUACGGCCUCAACCCGCUCUUCGGCACCACCGCCCCGCCCAGCCGCGUCGCCGGCUACCGCGCCCCCGAGGUCCUCGAGACCCGCAAGGUCACGUUCAAGUCCGACGUGUACAGCUUCGGCGUCCUCCUCCUCGAGCUCCUCACUGGGAAAGCCCCCAACCAGGCCUCCCUGGGGGCAGGGGACGAAUCCGCGGGGAUCGACCUGCCGCGGUGGGUCCAUUCGGUGGUCCGGGAGGAGUGGACGGCCGAGGUGUUCGACGUGGAGCUCAUCAGGCACAACAACAUUGAGGAGGAGAUGGUGCAGCUGCUGCAGAUUGCCAUGGCGUGCGUGGCCACGGUGCCCGACCAGCGGCCCGAGAUGGCUGAGGUCGUGAGGAUGAUUGAUGAGGUGAACAGAGGGGAUGUCUCGACGACGACGACGACGGAUGAUGGGUUGAGGCAGUCUUCCGAUGAUCCGUCGAAAGGCUCCGACGGUCAGACUCAGACUCCUCCCGCUGAGUCCAGGGCAACUCCUGGUAGUGCCAGCGCCGUUACGCCGUGA